AACAACUCGUACCUGUUUCUCGUUCCGAUCGAGCCCAUGCAGUCAGUACGUCGUAAGGUGUCACAGUUGUCACAUAAAAUCGUUGAAUCCCCCAGUGAAAAUCCCGUAGCAUCAACAAAUCCUUCCCCCAUCAUCAAAAUUGAUAUCGAUCUGCAAAAAUGAAUCGCCCCCAUUGCAAUUCCCUCGAUGAAAAUCGGUAUGGUGAAAGGUGUCAUUAAAUCGUGGGAAGAUAAAACAACCGUGAAUAUGUCAAUUGGGCGAAUGCCUGAAUAACAGAAGAGAAGAGAAAUUGAGAUUAGAAGAAAAAAAAAUGGACGAAACCGGUCAGGAUUCUGAGUGCUAUGGACCAGGUAGCAUCGCAGGAGCUGUGAUCGGUACAUUUUUGGCGACAGUAUUACUCCUGACGAUUGCAGCUUUCCUCUACAGGCAAUGGCGCCGACACAAGGGAAAGCAUCUGGUGCUGGUGACAGAUCCUGAGAUUGUUGAGGAUGCUUAUGCAUUCGAUAAUCCCUGCUUCAAAGACGCAACUCCAGCGCAAACUAGGAGUAUGGAGAGACCAAUGUCUGUUGCAUCUGUGGAGACACCAAUUAAAGAUACAACAAAAUGGUCAACACCUUUCUCAGGAUUGGGAAUAGGCUCCGGGAAUAAAUACGACAAGAGACGACGGACACUCGAUGAUUCUUGUCUUGGAAUGUCAAAGGCAACGCGAGUGAGUGUUGUAAGCCUUCGCAGUCGAGACUUCACAGGACUUGGUUUUAAUGUCUGCGGCAACAUGAGGGAAGGAAUUUUCGUCAAAGAUCUUCUGCAUCGUGGUCCAGCCUCGGAAUCCGGUCGGAUAAAUCCAGGCGAUAGGAUAGCAAGUGUGAAAAUAAGUUUCAGAAGCAUGGUCUACGAGGACGCCCUAACAAUCCUGAGUUACGCCUCUCCCUACGAGGUUGAACUGGAGGUAGAAAGUGGUGGAAGUGGCUCUCGACCCACAACACUCCUGAAGAAGACAAUUGGUCCAAGUCCAACGCGAAUAUACCAUCCGUUAUACCGAAGCCAAUCAAUUCCAGAAUUAUCAAUGGCGCACAAGUCAUCAGCAAAACGCCUGUUCAUAGCUGACACCAACGACUCCUUCAACUCGACGAUCAAGUCCUCAAAAUCGACUCCAGGCAGUCAAACACUGGAGCGAAAGCAUGAUCAAGUAAAAGUCAACAAUCACCACCAGAAAUUUGGGAUUAAAGUGCUGCCAGCCCUAGACGGUACAGUCCACAGGAUUGAGAAUCAGAACGAGCACAACACGAAUUUAGAGCGAAAGCACUCGAGGAAGAAAUUGGACGUGGAGAUAAAGACAGUGCCCUGUGAGAUAUUAUCGUCAACUCCAAUUCCAACGGUGAAGGUGAUGGAGCGUUUGCGUCAACGAGAGGCCAGGAGCGUUGAUGAUUGUGGAGAUUUUACAGACAGCAACGAUCAGGGUGAUAUGAUUCCGUCGGAAGUACCUGCUGAGGUGCAUAAUGCAGCGAUGGCAGCGAGGAGAAAUCGAAAGAACAGCGCAGAACUGUUGAGUCCAAUCAAGACAGAGUAUUGUGAUCAGGAAGAUCGCAAGAGCCCACAGAAGAAUAAACGAAAAGCACCAGCUCCACCUCAUUCAUCUCCAAUCAAAGAUGAAAAAAUUGAGAAGAAAAAUGACCCAGAGAUUGAAAACAGAAUUGAAACGAUCACAGAUUACACGGAAUCAUUAACCAGUUACGUUGAAAAAGUGGAGAGCGAGACUGAGAUGGAGUCAGAGGGACAAUUGUCUCGAGUUGAUGAUCAUUCGGAGAGAAGGAAUUCAGAGUCAGACACCGACUCUGAGAUGCAUCACAGUUUCACAACGAUUGAGUUGAAUCCAUCAGACAUAACGAUUCAUCACACCCCAGUGCCAAGAGCCUGUGAGAAUGAGAACGAUAAUGAAGAUGAGGAUGAGGACGAUGUCUACAGAAAAGCAGCGAGCCUCGGAGAUUUAUCGAAAUACGAAGCCAAAAGUUCGACAACACUGGAGAGAGCCCAGAGCCUCGACAUGGCUGAUUCCACAGCCUCGAAAAAACGAAAAGCCCCUCUUCCACCUGAAGAUAUUGCAGAGUUUAAUGAAGACUUAACAAAGCUCGAUGACAUCGACACAUUUGAUAGAAGGAAAUUAAAAAAAUCGAGUGAAUGGGGCACUCUGGAGGACGCCCUCUGGAAAAAAACGGAUACCAGUCACGAGAGUAAUCAGAUCGUAAAACCAAAGGCCAGAAAGAAGAGCAGUGGAACGUUAGAAAGAUCCAAGUCAGCUGUUGAAAUUAAACUAAAGGAGGAUAAUCAAACGAUUUCAGAUCCUGACAGGUGUGAGGAUAAAUCUGACGACUGCAGUGUCGAACUGUACAAUCUCCCUCUGAGUAAACGUUUAACUAGAGAUUUUAUUCAUACUGAGAGGAUGUUCAAUCCUGAUGAGGACAAUUCCCUGGCACGAAUCGUUAAUAAUGGACGAAUUCUGAAGAGUCCAACGCCUGAACAGAUCGAGUUGGAUUUUAGACAAGCUAGGCCAAUGGCCUCAGAGGGUGUUGAUACGUCAGCUGUUGAGUCUUUUGACAAAGCUUUAAGAUUUUUCAAUCUUCAGAGUCGAUUGGAUGAUAAGGAUGAAGGGAAAACUGAUGGGGAUGUUAAUGGAGGAGAGGACGUGUAUUUGGGGAUGAAACAGGUUGAAGAGGAGCCUAUGAGGAAGACGACGGUGAAUCGGAGGUGUCCUUUUUGCGAAGGGGAUGGCCAUCAUGGCAGACAGUGUGAAAUUCACUCGAGAAGUAAUGGAAAUAGUGAGGAAUUGGAGGUCAAGUUGCAGAGGGAAAUCACUCCCACUGGAAUAAUUGAUAUUGAGAGGCAGAUCGAGAGUCCUGAUGAUGAUGAUGAUGAUGAUGGGUGUGGGCUUGAAGUACCACACGUUACCAUCAAGCGAUUCUCCCCAGAGGAUCAGCAUAAUGUCAGCAACAUCAGUGUCUCGAGUGAGGACAGUGGACUCGUUGGGGAAUCUGGAGAGUUCAAUGCUGACUCAAGACCUCCACUACCCAAUACACCAGCCCCAUCGUCUCAGGAAUCAUCCAAAAAGCUGACUUAUAUCACCGAGAUCAAAGUCUUGCCACGAGACAACAGGGAUAAUCUCCCAGAAGUCAGCGAAAUUCAUCCAAAACCACCCAGGGGUCAAGUGACCAUCACCUCCAAUGGAAAACCAACUCCUGGAAAAAAACCACCUGUUCCUCCAAGACGAAAUGACGCCUCCAAGAGCACUAAGGUCAUAUCGACUGAGAAUCAAGUUGUUUAUGUGUCAGAGUUCAAGUCCCCGGAGAUGAAUCAGAAUGAGACGAGUGAAAAUAUCGAUAAAUCGUCGGGAAAUAAAAAAUUUGAGCACUGGAUUUUUCUAGGGGACAAUAAUAAGGAUCAAAAUUCUUGGGGGAACGGGUCGAAUCAACCCCAGCCUGUUACUAAUAUUGUAGUAUCUUCUGGGGAGGAGAAAGUAUUUAAAUAAGACGAAUAAUCAUCUGUUUCUUUUUUUUUCUUCUGGGGGAACUCUCCUGCGAAAUAGUGAAUUAUAAGUGCAUUUUUUUCGAACCCAUAUCUUCGCUGAUAUCUCGGAAUCAGAGGGGGACAGCGAGAUUUUCAUUGAUACCUUUUUUGUAGCUGUGAUCUUCCUCUUUAAAAAUUGUAGGAACAAAAAUUUCGGUAUCUUGCUUCUAUCGUGAGAUAGAGCGAAAAAAUGAAAUCGAUAAAAAUUCAAUUGUUUACUGUUUUGUUGGAGGGAUAAUGUUGAAUUUUCUCAUUUGAGGGAUUAAAUAGACAGGAAUCUAUUGCAGUCUUGAUUACAUUUUUUUUUAAUGUUGAGUUUCUAAUGUUGUUAUGUAUGGAGAGGAGAUAUUGAGCCGUUAUGUUGUCUUGAGUCCGAAAAAAUCGAAAUAUCGUGAUAUGGUAAAUGUAAGUAUUAGUAGAGAGCUGUGUGCCAUAGAAGGAAUUUGGAAGAGGGACAAAAUGUAUUGAAAUGGCAAUCGCUUUCUAAGGAUGUUGAAGAAAUUGUUGGGAAUUUAAUUGCACUCUUCCGGGGAAUUCAGUCGCGUUAUUGCACUGAGUCGCAAGAACGAUUGAAAUCAGAUAAAAAUAACGAAGAAAAUAGUCAAAACACUUAGAUAUAUUCUAAAAACAUAAAACAAUAAGAAACAAGUUGCAAAACUGUUGAUUUAUGUUCCACUUCCGGCUGAUUAUGUCAACACAGACUAAAAGUGUCUCGAUG